UCCCUCUAUUUCUGUAUGUCUCUCUCUCUCUCUCUGCACACAGGGAUUUCAUUUCACCGUCCGACUGAUGGAAUUUUGAAAAGGCUGCUAUCCCUUUCAGUUCAUUCAAUAAUAGAUUAUGCUACGGCGUCAACCAGACACCCUACACCUCUCUCUCUCUCUUUCUAAAUUUUCCCCUCUUUCUUUCUCUCUGGUCUGCUCAUUAGCCAGGCCAUGAGAGGUAGAGAGAGGGAUGGAGUGAGAGAGAGCAAGGGGAGAGAGAAUGAAGAGAAAGACAGAGAGAGAAAGAGAUAAGGAAGAGAGAGAGAGGUGGUAAAGCAUUGAUGAAUAGUUUCUCUCUCUCUCUUUCUCUCUCGUUCGUUCUCUCUCUCUUUCUCUCUCUCUCUCGUUCGUUCUCUCUCUCUUUCUCUCUCUCUCUCUCUCUCUCUCUCUCUCUCGUUCUCUCUCUCGAUCACCCACAGUGUGUAGUGUCGCCUGAAACGAGGAGUCAGACGUUAGAACUCAGAAGCUCUGUGAUAUAAUGCUGUAAUAACCAGCAACCUCUGAAACGUGUGUUACUAUGGAGACCCUCAGGAGGAUGUCCAGUCUCUGUCUGUUCCUCUGCUUACUGCAGCCUCCUCUACAAGGUCUGGAGAUCGUGGACCCAGAGGAGGUAGAGUAUAUCCGGCAGGAGGCCAGAGGGGUGGUGGGGGGCUCUGUGACUCUGGAAUGUGGAUCCACAAUGCCUGAUAUCCUCAUCUGGGGAUUCACCAGGCCUGGGUCCCAGUCUAACCUAGCUGUGGCUUAUAACUACGGACAUGGUCCCAUGCUCCAGCCUCUACUCUCAAGCAGCCUUGGACAUCUGAAGUUGAUGCCCAACACGUCUUCUCUGCUGUUGGACGAGCUGCACCACGAGGCCCAAGGGAUGUACACCUGUCAGGCCAUCUACAACACGGACCGGGGAGCUACAAUCACCUUCUACUACACUCAGCUAGAGGUGGUGGAGGAGGACUGAGGGAGGGAGGGAGGGAGAGAGAGAGA